CGUUCUUCUUACACCCAUUGAAUCAAGCGGAGUUAAAUUGCUGUGCUAAGCUUUGAAUGACACCAGCUAUAGAAUUCACAAUCCGUUCAAGCGACAAUGUCUACUCCAAAUAUUCCACCUCGGCCGCAGCGCACUCAGGCGAGUGCAGCAGCAGCCCACGAUGAGACCCCAGUAAUCCCUCCUCGCCCGGUCCGCAAAGUCGACCCCUCGCCUGAUCGUGAAGCCUAUUCACGCUCGCCUUUCAACAUUCUACCAGGCGCUGUCAGCAGACCGCCCCCGAGCCCUGCUCGCGCAGAGGCCGAUGUCCCGCGUCGCCCACCCAGUGUGGCUCUGCCAAGUAUUGGCCAAGAAGGCUCAGAAUACUCGAGCUACGAUCAAUUGCCCGCGGAUGCCCUAGAGGCGCAGAAAGGUCUUGAGGCUGACGGACAGACUAAGAGCGUGUCAGCCGAUCUGCCUAUGCACCAGCCGACCGCCUCGGUAUCACAAUCAGCUGCGACCCGGCAGAUCCAGACUGUCACGCGGACAGAUUCCGCUUCGGCUGCAGCUGCAGGCAUUGGCCGACAGUCGUCGUCGGAUCACGCCGCUGCCGAAGCUGGCAGCGUUCCGCUGACACGCACCACAAGCAACACGGCCGGCGGACGACGGCCGUCCUCGACCGAGCCACACCCACUACGAGCCCGAGCGAGCUUCAAUCGCUCGACGGCGAGCCUCCACCCGCAGGAAAGGACAACCUCUCGCCCACCGAGCGCUCAUGGCGACUACCAUGGAAUUCCCGAGAUUGGUCGCCAGAUUCCCCUGUACAAGAAUGCCGGUGAUGUCCAGGCCCCAUCGCCUUCGCUGAACCAGACUCAACACGCGCCAGGCAUCGGAUUUUUCAAUGAUGGUAGCUCGCCUCGCAACCACACCAGAAAGAGAAGCACCCGACAAGAGUUCGGUCCUCCAGACAGCUACGGUAUUCGUCACGACCACGAGCGUCAAGAUAAAUUCGAAAGAGAUUGGCAGGCGAAGCACCCGGAAGAGGCCGCUAAGGAGGGAUAUCACCUCCACGUGCCUCGGCCACCCACUGCGCUCACUAGUGAGCAAUUGCAGAAAUUGGUGGACCAAACAAACCCGGGCUCAGGAAACUCCCGCGAUGCUGCAGGCACACCUGACAUGGAUGAUGUGUUGGACGCUACUGAUGAAUACAAUUCUCGUCAAGGGCCCACUCAGCCGGGCCUCGGAAAUAAUGCCACGGCUUCGCGAGCGAUAUCAGAGGCGGGCGACGACCACAUUCUCCAUGUCUCCCGCAGUGCAAAAAGAUCCAGUCGGAUAUCAGUGGGUAGCACAGAGCAUGCUCUCGAGCACAUCGACCGUGGCUAUGGCAGCGAUCGUGACUUGCCCAUUCUUGCCGCGGAUGAGGUCGUCAAACGCCCAAGCAGUGCAUUCAUGCAUGCUGCGGUGGAUCGCUUGGACGCAAACGGCGACGAGUACUACGAGAGUGACCAAGGUCACGCAGCAGAUGACCGCCGCAACAGUGGACAACACGGUAGUCGUCCAUCAAGCCUGCACGGCGCUGUUCUUCACCGGUACAAUUCGCAUGAAGAACAAAACAAUAAGCACUUGGCGGAAAUUGAGGAGUACGAUCCUUUGUUCCCCGACGACGACGACGGUAAAGCUCGGCCGAAGAAGACGCAAGCAGCUGGCCGCUCCGACCUGGCACACAUGCAUCAAUUCCCGAGCAGGGACGUGUGGGAAGACACCCCAGACUCGCUGCAAUACUCGGCUGAAGUUUCAACACCAGACUUAGAACGGGAAGAGCCAAUUCUUGAUGCUGCACCCACCGCUGCAACCUUCGAGACGCCUGAAGCUGAGGCCCGCCGUCGCGAAAAGAACCCCGACGAUAUGCUGAGCGACAAUAAGACAUUCAUCAAGCCCCGCUUCAGGCCCGGCUCCCGUGAGCCACAUGACCGUGCUGGUGCCAAGCGCUUCCCCAGCUCCGACGUGUGGGAGGAUACGCCUGACAGCAUGUACCUUGAGACUACCGUAGGUGGCCCACAGGAGGAGGAUGCUGCUGGUGGGCCGCAGGAGCAGGGACCUGGCUCAGGAUCCGAUGCAGUAGCAGCCAGCCGGUUGGCGCAAGACGUAACGCCGGAGGCACUCGACGAUCGCAUCGCUUCCGGCUCGGCGAAUAUCGGCGAUAAAUCGCGACCUACUGUUCCUGCUCGACCUGUUCGCCCGACACGUCAAGACGAGGCACCCGCUACUAAGCCGAAACCUGCUGUGCCGGCCCGGCCAUCCGGUGACAAGAUUGGUGGUAUCCGUGGCAAUGCCAAUUUCCUCAGCGACCUCAAUAACCGUCUCAAAUUGGGACCGCAAGGACCACCGGCGCGCAAAGAGCCGUCAGAGGCCGAGACAGCAGCUGCGGAAGAAACGGCUAAAGCUCCUUUAGCUGAUGCCCGCAAAGGUCGUGCGAAGGGCCCAGUGCGUCGUAAGGCGCCCACCGCCACUACUGAGCUCAAGUCUGCGAGCUUUGCUCUGUCGCCCCUCAUCACGGUUUGGUCGAUUGACGAAGAAGAUGAACUUCAAGUUGACUCGGAUCCUGUCCCUGCUCCAUCAGCAACGACCACUGAGCAGGCGGAGCCGGCUGUUAUUCCGGAUUUAGAAGCUGAGAUUGUAGAAAAGGCGCAAGGAGAUGCGGUAUCUGCGGCAUGACGGAAAUGGAUCUCGACUUGCGUUCUGGGCGAGGAGUCGCAUUGAUGGAUUAUAAUUACGGCUGGACAUGAAGACAUCUUUGGCGCAACAGGCGGGUACAUAAAAGCAUGUCUAUUUUCCCUUCCUAUUUCC